AUGACAUCAUACCUAUGCGAGAUAAACUAUUUUCGAUUAAGAAAUUUUUAGCAUAUUUUCUAAAUGAACUCUUAUCACAUGAGACUCGCAAACUUGGCGAUAAAGGCUCGAAUGGACGGAUUAAAGUAUGGCAAAGAGUAGGAAAAGCCUAUAAUACAAAUUGUAUUAGGCCAACUGUUAAAUUUGGAAGAAGGUCUGUAAUGUUUUGGUGCUGUUUUAGUUGGUGUGGAGUUGGGAGCCCGAUUGAACAUUUGUGGGGUCUUGAUCGUCAAAUUCAAAAAAGACAACUAUUUUCUAGCUCACAUAAUGAUUUGAUUUGCGCAGGAUGCUGUUAUUAUAAUAAUAAGAAGUUGAAGGCGCAUGAUGAAUG